AUGCUUCCACCCGGCAGCCCGGGGCGCAAGAUUCUCGGGUUUCUUUUCGGCAUCAACGACAGGAUCAACAAUUUAAUGUGGUCGCACGACAAAGACAUACCAACGGAGCAUGUCGACUACACUUUGGUCACGAUGAUACUUGGCGAUGAAAGCGGAGCCGGCGGCCUUCAGCCUCAAAUAGAACUCUACGACGAUCUCGGGUCAAUGAUUGGACAUCGCAUGACGAAGGAUAGCGACCGGAUCGAGAAGAACAACAACCUCGAUGAUUCCAUUCAAAAAAGUCGAGCACAACUUGCACGUCGACAAGAUGACAACGCCAAAAUACGUCGUCAUAAACCUCGGAGUUCUGAUGCCAUCUGCAUCUCGGCGAUCUAG